AUGCCACUUAUCCGUUGCAAAUCUUACACUGACGACGGCGUACCGAAGGAGCCUUGCCCGCAUUCUGAUUGCUCACAUGUCCAUCCAAGCGACAGGCGCUGGGAAAUAGCUCAGAGUUACGACGAAGAUAUCGCCGAGAAGAUUCGUACGGAUAAACGAGCCCACGACGACGCAGUGAUGUCCAUGCUCGCGCCCGUAGUGCCUCUGGGACAACUGUUUGCUGAUCCUCGAGGGACACAAGAGCCGUCUGAAGUCGUGGCUGCAUCAUUCGGUACCGAUGAGGACCAACCGACGCAAUGCCAGACCGGAUCGACCCAUGAUAAUGAUGGGCAUGACGGUUGGCCGGACUCGAAAGACGUUGAGAUCGAUGAAGAGGAUGGUGGAUGGGGAACUACACGCGCGCACUCUCAGGGCUGGGGCGUAGCUGACUCCUCUGCAGGAGGCAGUGCGGACACUGCAGGAUGGACUGUCGAUUCUGCGGUACAAGACGUUGAUAUGGCAGAUUCGUCGGCUACGAAUGGCACUGUUUUCGAUGGUUGGGGAACCGAUACUCACCAUCCCAAUCACAAUUCUGAGACCGGCUUUCCGGAACCGACCGCCGACGCUACUUCCGCUCUUCUGCAUAUUACUUCAAACACAGCUCGUUCCGUUGAAGAAACUGUGGCUACAGAAACCGAGACAUCGUCUGUCCACAUGAUACUGGACUCUUCAACGCAUUCGGACGGCGACGACCAAGUACGAUCAGGCGUAAGACUGUAUCAGACGUUGCAGGCAGACUUUGCUGCCGUGUCGCCUGCGAUCCCUCGCGAGCUUCCCAUGCUCAACCAUGCCAAUCGUUGUCUGUUCAAUGGCUCAGAUGUGUCGACCACUUAUGAAGCUCGAUUGUCUCAGGCCGCAACGCUUCCUCGCGAACUCACCACAUCCCGGAGGAACCGUCUUGCUAGCGCUGAGAUGUUGCUCACGCUUGGGGAGGAGCACGCCAAGCAUAAACUUGGUGAACGGGCCGAGGUCUUUGGAACUCGUGAAGAACGCCUGCUUUCUGCCAUAGGCAACGGCCUACAACGGGCCGUCUUGGACUGCGCUAUUCCCGCCUUGAAUGAGCACUUCGUCGACGUGGGCAAACUUCUCGCAACAUUGCAGCGCGCCGAUAUAUUGGACGGCACAAUCGCGGAGCCUGCGAAACAGUCCCUCAUCACUCGUCCUCAAGUCAAUACUCUGCUUAUCACCGCAAUCGAAGAUUGUACGGCCUAA